CUUGUGUCGUAAGGUUGUGAAUGUUGUGUUCGAGUCGUGGGUAAACUUUUUCCGUGGCCUUUUUUUUUAUUAAAGUUGCUUUGAUUUUGAUAUCAAAGUUUUUUGAAGCCCGGCCGUGGUGUGUAUCGUUCGAUGCAUAUAAUAUCGUGUUACCGCUUCACUUCGAGUGCGUCGCUCUUGGAUUAUUGAACGUCAGCUAUUAGCAAUUCAAAUUGCUUAAUUAUUGCAACCAGAAUACCGUUCAUAGUGGUUCCAAAGGUCAAUAUUUCGCUAGACCGUUCCAUUGAUAAUAAAGUUUUCAAUUGAAUAUUGAAUCGGUGCUUCUUGAUGGAUUGAAUGAAAUCGAAGUUGCAGACACAGGGCAAAGUUUCUGCAAGAUAUUCUGUGAUAAAAGUGCUGCGUCACUUUUCCGGUGGUAGCAGCUGCAAAUAGAAGAAAGUGUAAUCGUUACUUUUUUUUCGAAACUUCGACGGAAAGAGAAAAUCGUAACUCAAGUGUACAUUGGGCAAUUCAAGACUUGCUAAAAUGGCUCCCAGCUUAAGUAAGAUUGCGUCUAAUCAAAACCUGGCGAUAGCAAUUGCUGGGUGCUCCGCAGCCACUUGGAUUAUCUUGUACGGUAAACAGGUGCACAAAGCUCGGAAGCAACGACCUGAAGAUGAAAUUCAGUAUUUCAUCAGUGAGAAAAAAGAUAAACGGACAACGAAAGCACACGUCAAUGCUCUUUUCUUCAAGCAGUUGCGUGCACUAUUAAAGAUAAUUAUUCCUAAAACAUGGAGUGCUGAAAAUGGGCUACUGCUCGUAAUCGCCGCUGCCCUGAUCGCACGAUCUAUCAGUGAUAUUUGGAUGAUCCAGAAUGCAACCGCCAUCGAAAGCACCAUAAUUACAAUGAACAAAGCACGGUUUCGGUCUGCGUUGGUGAAAUAUUUAUCGGCUCUACCCGCUAUUGCGGUAGUGAACAAUGUGCUCAAGUGGAGCAUAGGUGAACUGAAACUUAGGUUUAGAACAAAUCUAUCACAAUAUUUAUACGCAGAGUACCUGAAAGGGUUCACCUACUACAAGAUGUCUAACCUCGAUAACCGAAUAGCUAACGCAGACCAACUGCUAACGACCGAUAUCGACAAAUUUUGCGAAAGUGUGACCGAUCUAUACUCCAACAUCUGCAAGCCGCUACUGGAUAUUGUGAUAUACGUAUAUAGGCUAACGACGAACCUAGGCGGAACCACGCCUGGCAUUUUGCUGCUGUAUCUGUUUUUCUCCGGCGUGUUUCUGACGAAUUUACGCAAACCGACAGGUCGGUUGACGGUGAUGGAGCAGAAGCUGGAGGGAGAGUUCCGAUACGUUAACAGCAGGCUGAUCACCAACUCAGAAGAAAUCGCAUUUUACAAAGGCAACAAUCGUGAAAAGCUUACCAUUCUGGCCAGUUUCAACAAAUUGGUAGCACAUUUAAGAAAAUUUUUAGAAUUCCGCGUCGGCAUGGGUAUAAUUGACAACAUGGUUGCCAAAUACAUCGCUACGGUGGUUGGAUUCUACGCGGUUUCGCUGCCAUUUUUUGAGCCAAACCAUCCAUUGCUAACCGGUGCUCAGGCAAGCGAGAGAUUGAGUAGAUACUACACAUUUGGCCGUAUGUUAGUAAAGCUAGCGGAAGCAAUCGGGCGGUUGGUUCUGGCUGGUCGUGAAAUGUCACGCUUAGCUGGUUUCACAGCUCGCAUGACGGAGCUGACAGUCGUUCUGAAGGAGCUGAAUGCUGGUCGUUAUGAGAGAACCAUGGUCAGUAAUUCGGGAGUAGCUGAUGCCGAAAUUGGCGCAGGCAAGGGUUUACUCAAGUUCCAGGAUAACAUUAUUAAAUUCGAACACGUUCCACUGGUGACCCCAAAUGGCGAUGUGUUGGUAAAAGAUUUAAAUUUCGAGGUACGUUCUGGCAUGAAUGUGCUCGUAUGUGGUCCUAACGGUUGUGGCAAGAGCAGUCUAUUCCGCAUACUGGGUGAACUGUGGCCAACAUGGGGUGGUAAAGUGACAAAGCCACCUGCUGGAAAAUUGUUUUACAUUCCCCAGAGACCGUAUAUGACACUUGGCACACUACGAGAUCAGAUUAUCUACCCGCAUACUCAUCAAGAAAUGAAACGACGCGGCAAAACAGAUGCGGAUCUGCUGGCCUACCUGGAGUUAGUACAGCUUACCUAUCUUCAAGUGCGAGAGAAGGGCUUGGACGCCAUUGAAGAUUGGAUAGAUGUGUUGUCUGGGGGCGAAAAGCAGCGCAUUGCUAUGGCCAGAUUGUUCUAUCAUAACCCACAGUUCGCCAUCUUAGACGAAUGCACCUCAGCCGUUUCGGUGGAUGUCGAAGGAAGCAUGUACGAAUACUGCCGUAAGGUAGGAAUCACUCUAUUCACCGUGUCUCACCGUAAAUCACUGUGGAAACACCACGACUAUUAUCUGCAAUUCGAUGGCCACGGAGCGUACGAUUUCGCUGCGAUAGAUGGUAGCGAACAGCAGUUUGGUUCGUAGAAGUCUCUGCACACCAGCACAAUUAUUUGCAGGAUGUGCGUGUGAGUGAACGAGUUCGGGACGCAGCGCAUAGUGAUAAGUGGUUCCAGGAAGAGGUGCAGGAAACCUGUUUAGUUUUUUGAACACAUCCAAAUAGGCUAACGAAUCGUGCUUUCUUUCAAUUGUAAUAAAAAUGGCUGUUUUGCAAAACUAUAGUUUAUUAUCAAGCAUACUUUUGUUGGCUUAAGCAAUCCAUUGUGUUGCAAUAAAGUAAACAAUACAAU